CGCUGUUUAGUGUUUCUUCGUUUUUGCGCGUCAAUUACGUCGAGAUCGGUUGAGACUCGAAUUUCGUUUUUAGGUUAUAACCGUCAUUUAUACAUCAGUAGUCUCGUGAUUAUGAGAUAAUAGUGUUUGUUGAGACCUUCAUCAUAUUAUAAUGAUAACUUGUGUGGUCAAUAACUGUCCCUCCACUCAGAGCACAAAGGUAGACGGCAAGCCGAUCACGUUUUUUUCCUUUCCUGAGGACAAUUUAAGGAAGAGUGAAUGGUGUCGCAACUGUGGUCUAGCAUUUAGCAGCAAGGAACCUUUGCACAUUUGUGAGCUUCAUUUUGAGAAAGGCUACUUCACCUCGUCCAAAGAUUUGAAAUCUAACGCUGUUCCCACUCUGUUUGUUAAGACAGAAGAAACUUCAAAAGAACAAAAAGCAAAGAAUAUGUCACAGGUGAUGUCAGUGAAAGUAUCAGCUAAACGGAGAAAGUUAGAUGAACAUUCGCAUGCUUCAAUGACACCGUUACAGAGUCCAUCCGUGCAGAAUAAUAUUGGAGAUUUGUUUGGCAGAAGUAAAGCAGAUACGUCAAAGAAUUAUGGAUCUAUGAAUGGUUCUACCAUAUUGACUUCCGUAAUACAAAAUUCUCAGGCGAAUGUAAAGACAUAUCGUUUGAUAAUACAGAUAGAUAAAAUACGAAGUAAACCAGCUCCGAAAUGUAAAAAGAUACUGCCUCUAGUAACAUUUAAUAAAGACACAGAGACAAUUAAAAGCAAAACGAAAAGAGAAUCAAUUAAAGGAUCUUGUGUUAAGGGUACUUGUAAACUGAAAAAAUGUAUAUAUCAAUCAAAACUAGCAUUUCAAUGCGAAAUAUGUGAUAAAUAUUUUUUUGAAAUGAAACCGCUAUUCAAAAGCUACCCUUGUGCUAAAUGUUCUUCGUCUUUUUCUGAUCUACAAUCAUUAUGUGCACACAUCAACAAAAUACAUUUUACUUGCGAUAUUUGUCUGACAGAAUGUAGCUCUCAAAUGAUAUAUGACAAGCAUUCAAAAUUGCAUAUUAAUACCAAAUCGAAACAUCCAUACAAGUGUCACUUGUGUGGCAAAAUAUUUGAUCUGAAAAAUAAUAUUAAGCAGCAUUACCUGCAAGAACAUCCUAAAAUAAGUCUACAGAACACUGUUGUUCAAGUUACUUCUCCUAUAACUACGAUAGUUCCUCAACAAACUGAUUAUUCAUGUACAAACUGCAAUAUUAAUUUUACAAGCGAUCAAGCUUACAGGAAUCACAUAUGCUCUAAUGAAAAGAAGGAAAGCAUUACAUGUAACAUUAAAAGCGAUGCUAAGAAGAUAAUACCUGUACCGAAUCCUUUAACCGGAAGUCAAAUAGGCAUUCUUCAGGCGGUGAAAUUCAGUUGUCGAGUGUGCUCGAAAGAGUUCGACAACGUUAAGGAAGUUGAUUUGCACACAAGGACUCACUUAGAGGUACCCGAGGAAGAUCUUAAAUGUAAUAUAUGUAAGAAACUCUUUAAGAGCAGCACGAUAUUCACUGAGCAUUUAAAACAGCACUUGGAGCGCGCGCAUGUCUGUCCAAUUUGCUCGAAAGUCUUUAUCAAUAAAAUUUCUUUGAAUAAUCAUUUGAAGAUGCAUACUAAAGUGGUGGAGUAAUAUAGCUUCACAUUUGACACACAUUAAAAAU